AUGGGCGAUGCUCAGACAUCCAUGCCCACAUCCAUCCCUCCUUUCCUUGACAAAGUCGUGGAGUUCCCCACGAGCAAGGUCUCCUACGUCCUAGAACGGCCACUUGCAACAUACAGGCAAUGCCAUGACGGCACGCCAGCCGAGGCUCGCAUGGUGUUCACUUGCAGGAGGAUGAAGUCUCGGCUAGCCUCUUCAUCUCCUGACAAGACCGAUGGAGAAUCAAAGGGGGAGGCAGAGUUUGUGAUGAAAAUCAAAGUCCAGUAUGUCAUGCCAAUGGUUCUUUCCCCGGAAAGCAGUGCCCCCAUUACAUGGAGACCCAGUCCAUGA